CUCUUGGAACGCCAUAGAAGCCCUUCCCUGUAAUGAAACCACCUCAAGUCCACUUCCCCCCCACUCUUCAAGUUGGGAUGUUUUGGUCCAGAAAACGGAAAUGACGACAUUGGCAUAUUAUUUCCCCCCCAGCCUCAGAAGCGUUGGUACGUUCCAGGCGCGUCCAUUUUGGGUCCCUCCCCGUUUUCCCUCAGCGAUGGUUUAGACCGGCGUCACCUUCGCUCCUGACAGGAAGCAGAGAAGGAAGGCAGGCAGGAGCGGGCGAAGAGGCGGCUGAGUUUGACUUUCCUGUCUCAUGAAUGCUGCCUGUCUCUGAUAUGAAGGAACGGAUCUGAGUCUGGAGAAUAUCAGUGGAAUCCCAAUCUACCUUUGUUGUCUGUAUUCAUACGUUGUUGUUUUUUAAAAACCUGCAAUUGAAGCUGCAAUUAUGUCAGCCUAUACAAAAAGUUACAAUCCUUUUGAUGAAGAUGAGGACGAAGAUCUUAAGCCAGUAAAGUGGAAUGAAAGUAAUGAGCCUGCCAUGGGAGGCACUGAUAGACAAAGCUACCUCCAGCAAGAAGUCCUAAGACGAACCAAGGCCACAGUGGAUAGCACAAAUAACUCACUGUCCCUCAUUUAUGAGUCUGAACAUGUUGGAGUAGCUAUGUCUGAGGAGCUUACCCGGCAGGGUGAGGUACUGAAGCGCACUGAACGCAUGGUGGACAAGAUGGAUCAAGAUUUAAAAACAAGCCAGAGACACAUCAACAGCAUCAAGAGUGUGUUUGGUGGCUUCGUAAAUUAUUUCAAAGCCAAGCCUCAAGAGAUCAAACCUGAACCAAAUGUGGCCUCUGAGUACCAAGGAAGCAACAAGUUAAAAGAAGCCAUGUCUGUCAGUAAAGAACAGGAGUCAAAGUACCAGGAGAGCCAUCCCAAUCUGCGGAAGCUGGAUAAUUCAGAGUACAGUUCCAGUGGAACUAAUUCAGAUUCUUCAUUCCAAACUGAUAGCUACCCCAAGAAUCAGCAUCUUCGAGCUUAUCACCAGCAAGUUGAUCGCAAUUUAGACGAAAUGUCCUCUGGCCUGGGUCGCCUGAAGAACCUCGCUCUUGGCUUGCAGUCUGAAAUUGAGGUGCAAGAUGAAAUCCUGGAUCGCCUCACCACCAAAGUGGACACGCUGGACAUCAAUAUUAAAAGCACGGACAAAAAACUCAAGGAGCUUUAAGGAGUUCCAAAUUCUCAAUUCCAUGUUGAAACUCAGCGUAUUUUAUACAGCUGUCUGUUGUUUUGCUGUCUGGGAAUCUACCAGCAUAAGGAAAUGGCAUAUGUGACUCUCUUGCCUUGUAAUUAAAACGGAAUAACCUUAAGUGCAAUCUGGAAGAUUUAAGCCACCUUCUUUUAUGUGUAUAAGGGCAGUUUUAUGGAUAUCCUAUUUGAGCUUCUGAUUUCAGUGUAACCAUCGCAGUUCUGGACACUUUUAAGAUGCUCUUUGGCCUUUAAUUGUGGCAGGUGUUCAAUAAGAUGGUUAUUGCCUGUUUCACGAGGAGUGUUACUCAUUCCUCACUCUUAAAUGUUAAACACUGUAGGCUAUAAAUUGCAGAGUAGCUCUUCAGUUACUUGUUCAGCAGCAAGGAACUUUUGGAGCACCCUGUCAGAGAUAGUGGUUUGGAAGCAAAGCAACAGAAGUAAGCAAACACUUGUUCCAGUAGUCUUUCUCCUCUGAUACAAUCAGCAAGGCCCAAUAUGAUUAACUUUAUAAUUUUUUUAAAAAAAGGUUUACAUUGAUACAGGGGGACAUCUGAUAUUUUAAUGCUUCUGUUUGUAAAUAGAAUGAAUGACGGUGUUACUUGAGUGCCCAGCUUUAGAACUUCUCUUACUGCCCCAUGCCAAAGGCAAACUGCUUCUGCAGCUGGCUUUCGUUUAAAAAACAGUCUGUGAGCUGGCAUCCAGGGAUACCUUUGUGAUCUGGGCACACAUAAAAUAACUGAAUACUGGCCAAUAGCUAGAGGUCACCAGCUUUAUAAUUGGAGAUGGUAUUGGGGAUUAUUAUUAUUAAACUUUAUUUAUAUAGUGUUGUAGAUUUAUGGGAUGUUUCUGGUCUCCCAUUGCUAAAGUGGAUACCCUCCUGUUCCAUAACUAAUUGGUAUAUAAAUUCUGCAGCAUAGAUCUCUAUGUACAGUGUAAAUCCUCUCUUCUUUCUCUUCAAUCCAUGUGAUUAGUUCUCUGUUUACCAAAUACGAAGACAGCUUUUAAAACUGCCCUUACUGACGAAUACCAGCUCUUAAAUCCAUCUGGCGAUUCAUAGGUGAAAUAAGGAAUUAUUGGAAAUUGCAAUAAUUAAAAUAAUUGCCUCUGUCAUAUAUGUUAUUGGUCAUCAAGUACCAACUGUGCAUGGCAGAGUUUCAAUUACAAGAGUAUGCCUUUCUGCUGACUUUGGCUUUGACUCCUCUCUUAAUUCCUUGGAAACUUGGCAGAAGUCUGUCAGUACUACAGUAUCAACAGAUCAGCACUGUCAGGUCUGUUGCUGUAGUUCUUUCUUAAUUUGCUUCUCAUAGUUGAGUGGCUUAUUCAGUGCCAAUAAGUUGUAAGAAAUAUAUGUGCCUUCUGACAAGGAAUCAUACUUCAGAAGGUCAAGAGCAGGGGAUAAUAGCUAUUUACUCCUUUUUCAGCAUGUAGGGACAUUAAUGUUGGUAAUUCUUUUACAGAUGCAGGAUUUGCACACACAUCUGCUUCAUCAGAAUAAGAGAAACAUCUCUUUCAGAGUUAACACUGUCAGUUUGUCUUAAAUCAGGGUGGGCAAACUCUAGCCUCCCCAAGAUGUCAUUGGAUUGCAGUUUCAGCAUACUUCACCAUUGGUUAUUCGACCUAAUGCUGAUGGAAGUUGCCGUGUAGCUGCAUCCAGAGGGCUAUCUAAAAUAUUUACUGGCUGGUUGAAGGAUAACAGUGACUUAAGCAUUUCAGGUAUGUUUUUAUAGCUAAUUUUUACAAAACUGCCAGCUAGCAUUUGACUUCACAAGCUACGCUUCACUUGCUACUCUUCACAUAAUCUAUAAAAAGAACUCAUGUUGUCAAGGGUGUCCUUGUCUGCGGUGUUGGCAAUGGGUGGCUUUCUUAAAUGGAAGAGAGACCUUUGGAAAAGACUGGUGAUGGUUAUGACUUUAAUUUUCUUCUUGUCGCGAGGAUUGCUGUGGUGUAGUUGCCAAGGAAGAAAGGCAAAAAUAAAACUUCCCCUUCUCACAUUAAGCCGCCUUGGUUGCUUUUCUUCAAUGGGCAGGCUCAGAAAAAAGAUACCGAUAGAUAUUCCCUGCAUCAUAAUUGCCUUUUGGAACUGUUUCCCAAAUAAAACUGUUGUCUUUGCUCCAC